GUGGAGUCUCCGCUGGCGGUCGAUGCAGUGCUGGGAGAGUCUGCGUUCUCCGUCACAGACGACAAGGUUUCCAUCACCGAGCUGCGGGUUCACGCCGUCUCGGGCUUGACCCUGUCCCUGCAGCCCAGCCCCGGCAACAGCCACACCAUGGUGGCCAAGGCAACCGGCGUUCAGACGCUCACCGCUCCCAAACAGGAAGCCAGUUUUUCUAUCUGGAUGCUUUUCAGCGACAACACAGCCGCGACCCUGACGUACUUUGAUCCCAAAGACUACAACCUCAAUGCCUCCACGCUGGACGACAAAGUGGUGUCCGUGUCUCAGGAGCCUCAGCAGCGCUGGCCCGUGGUGGUGGCGGAGGGGGAGGGAUCUGGUGACGUGAUUCGUGUAGAAAUGACUAUCUGUGAGGCGUGCCAGAAGACGAAACGCAAGAGCGUCAUCGCAUCGGCUGCAGUUUACGCGAAGGUCCGGUUUGGCCCGGAGGAAGACUCUGAGGAAGAGGCCACCACAGAGGGCGAGAUUGAACUGGCGCCCGUCACGAGACGUACAAUCAUUGAUCCGAACAUUGAUGGAAGAGUUUAUGAGACAUCUAACGAGCAGCCUGCCAGUGUUCCCAUCGAUUACACCAAUUUCCCCACGAUUAGCAAUCAGGAGCAACCGACUGAGAGUGAUGAAGAGGAGGAAGACGACUUUGUGCAUUCACCUCGCAACAUGACCGACCUCGAGAUUGGCAUGUAUGCUUUACUGGGAGUCUUCUGUCUCGCCAUCUUAGUCUUUCUCAUCAACUGCAUCGUCUUUGUGCUUAAAUACCGACACAAGCGGAUUCCUCCAGAAGGUCAGGCCAACAUGGACCACUCCCACCACUGGGUGUUCCUGGGAAACGGCCAACCACUGAGGGCCCAGUGCGAUCUGUCGCCGCAGCAGAUAGAAAGUCCCAGUAACCCUUUGGAGGGCGUACAGACUUGCUGUCACGGCGACCACCACAGCAGUGGCAGUUCCCAGACUAGCGUUCAAAGCCAGGUCCACGGCCGAGGUGACGGCAGCUCUGGUGGCUCCACGAAGGAGAACAGCGAGGACGCCAGUUCACCCACCUCCAAGCGCAAGAGAGUGAAGUUCACCACCUUCACCACCCUCCCCACAGAGGAGCUGCCCUACAACUCCAUCCCCAUUGCAGAUGAGGAGGACAUUCAGUGGGUUUGCCAAGAUAUGGGCUUUCAAGACCCAGAGGAACUGCACGACUACAUGCGCAGAAUAAAAGAAAUAGCCUGAGAUAAGCGGUGCAGUGUGAAGCACUGCUCUCGGCUUUCUAAAGAAACGUUACUUUCUAUUUUUCUCUUUUUCACCUCUGUGAAAGGUAAUUUUUCACAAACUAAAAGGCCAAUUGUUGUUUCGGUUAAGGUCUGUUCCAUUUAGUUUGCACAGUGCUGUAAUCUCAUACACGCUCACACAGAAGAGAACGGAGGAAGCCAAAGACUCGAGCGGAGGAUCUCGAUCACUGGAGAAAUCUGUAAAAAAACUGUGGCUACAGGAAAUAUGUGUUUCACCGGGGGAGCCGAGCCAUGGCCCGACGUGAGAGCUGCUCCGGGACCAGUUUGGAGAGACAGCCUGAUGUGGACAGGAGGUUUAGUUCGAGCCACGUGUUUGCUGGUUCAUUGGGACUCUGUAGUGACUGUACCUACGCCAAACUAAGAGGCCUUUGAUGAACAGGAAACUGUCAAAGACUCUCAUGAAAGUUUAAAAAAAAAAAAUCCUUUUGUUUUUUGCCAAAGUAGGAAAAAUGGUUCUUUUAACGGCAAAACCUUCUUUCAUUGUUGUUCUCGGCGCAGCACACUCAUGAUUUGUACUCAUGGUCAUUCUUUCGAGUUUUCUACAUUUCAUAGGUAGUCUCAAACAGUGCCCUACAGCUAGUCCUCCUGGUCCCCAUCGAAUCUAAUGCCUUAUCAAAAUGGUCACAGUUCACGUCAACAGACACGUUUCCUCGCCACAGCUAGAGACCGUGUAGAAUACUACAGCUGAUCUCCAGCAUGAGGUAUAAAUAGAAAAGAGCUUGUGUAUCGUGAGGAUCUCUUACAGUCUUUGCAUGGCAGGGGAUCCCGAGGCACAAUCAGCAACCUUUUUCCAAAUUUGUAAAUGUUUGUAUUGUAAUUAUAUAAUCAUUCAUACACACUGCAGAAGUAAAUAUGUUACCAUGCAUUACACGCAUGCCAUGUCAGGCCUACAUGCAGACAUUCCUCUAGUAUAUGUAUAUAUCGUAUCGAGCGGGAGUCACCUCCGGCGCGAACAUUUAACACGUUACUUACUCCGACUGAGAGAAAGUGUGUGCGGCUGGCGGAUGUCUUGAAACUUUUAUAGUCUUGUCGUGAGUAGGUUUGCCUCAGUGACGUCUUGACAGAACUGUAGCUUUUCAAAAAACCGGUGUCGCAUUUGAUGGAAGAAAGCGGGAGUUUGCUUUGCAUCGGAACUGCGACAGAUGGGAUCUCCCGAUGAUUUAUUUGCCCUCCUUAAAUUCAGGCUGGAACCCCGGCCGUCGGGAGAAUGAAAAACUUACGAGGUAUUGUUGGAAACGUUCUCGCUGAAAACAAGAUCCUCCAAACUCUGCAGGAAAAUGUCGUCCGCCCACGAAGAAGAUUACUGAAUAAAUCAUUGAUUUUGCUCCAUCCUUUAACUCACGGUCAUCCCAUGUCGUCAUGAUGUGUUUCAAACCCACUGUGUUGCGUAUAUAAUCCCCAUUAUGUUUGAUAUAUGAGAUCUUACCCAAAGGGGGGGGGGGGUCACAGAUUUGCUUUGGCUGAAUUUCGUUCACGGGGUCAGAUACUCGCGGCUCUGACUGGUGGAUAAAUCGUCUGUGAUGCUCGAGGCUGUGUAGACGCUGCGGAGGAUUUGUUCGAACAAGAAUCUCAGGAUGCUGAUUGGCUUCAUUGGCAAUUCAGAGUGAGUGAGAACAGCAGUGGCGGUCGAGUGCAGGUUUUCUUGUGCAGAAGCGCUAAUUUGCGAUGUUGAACUGAAACGAUCUUCGUAAGGAAAACAGAAAGUGUGACUUUUUCAAUAUUUUUUCCAUUUUUUGCUGAAACAAACAGUGUUGGUAGGAAAUCCGAAUGCUCAGACAAACCCGCCCACAUUUGCUUUACACACAAUCACAAGCACACAAGGCAGCUUACGCUCAUCUGCGGAACAAGAACGUUCGGCCCCAUUCGCCAGUGGGAGCAGAUUAAAUCGUGAAUCCGAGUUGUCCACCAUGAAAGUGACCCAGUGUAAACGCAGGUGUUCUGGCAACAAUCCUCGUCUCUCCAUCAGUCCACCUCCUCUUUUUCAUCUCCUCUUUCUUGUGAAGUUCAAGUGAGAAGACCUGUUCUGCAUAUUCUGGAAUGCGGGGGACGAUGCAUUGUGCAGGAGGUAGCUAGCUAGCGAAUUGUAGUAGGUGUUGAAACAGACAAUUCAGCAGGAGAAUCACUGAUGCUAACGUGCUCUAUUUUUUAUACACAUCGUCACAGUCGUGCAGGAGGGGUUGUGCUAAGUUGGGCUCAUGCGUCGCUGAGCCUCGAUUCUUAGCGCGCCCCCAAAAAAAUCCCAAACACAAAAGAGAUACGAACACAUGUCAGUCGUUCACAGAUUAGUCUCCUCACAUGAUCCUAGUGAUUAUUUUCUAACAUGUCUAAUGUGUUUAGAGACAAAAUCCUUUACCCCGACUUUAAGGGUUGACUGACAACACGACACUACAACGAAAACAGAGAGGAAAGUUCGGAAAGAGCAGAAAGUGCGAUUUCGACGGGAGGUUGCGAGGCAGCCAGACGCAGAGUAGCUGAGCUCAUGACGAGGGCAGAGUUUGUAUAUUUAAUUGCAGCUGCAGUGAAUUUUCAACACUGGUGUGGACGACUGGAGACGACGUUGGGAGGUUGAUGCUCCUCCAGCUCAGAUCUCACACGGAACAAGAUCUUUUCAGGACUAAUGAAGCAACUACGAGACAGACAUUUUGUUUCCGUGUCACUUUCCUUUAAUUUCUCUCCUCUGCUGCUUCUAAGGGCUCGGGUUUUUCUUAUUAUUUUGUGCUAACUGACUUGACUGACAGAUCUUUGCUGAGAAAACCAGUGUCACUUCUCUGUGGUGAUGAUGUGCGCUAAGCUCUGUUCGUUUUGUUUUCCAUCCCUCCUGCCUCUCAGCCCCAGCAGCCUCAUUAAAGUCCCAAUCCAGAAUCGUUCUCCUUGUGGAAGUGCUGUUAUACGAGAAAUACCAGCGUCAUGUUUUCUGUUUAGUUCCCAAACUCCUUACUCGUUGGACGAUGACAUGAAACAGCUGAAUACUUUUGUUAAACAGGAUCUGAAGACGACAGUAUCGUCCUCACAGCUACGUUGUAAAAACAGGUUUUACUUUUCCACAAGACGCUCAGAGAUUCUUUUCCUUCGGUAAACCAUCCCUCUCAAUAUUCUACAUGUAAAUAUAUAUUCACCCACAUUUGAUAUUUUCGAUAAAAUCCUGGAUUGGGACUUAAAGGUUUUGGUUUUCUGCAUGAUCGCUUUAUUUUCCAUGUGUUUGAAAAUGAACAACGAGCUGUAGAAUAAUCUGUGUUAACAUCUUUUCAAAGAAAAAGAGGAUGAGACAUUGUUUUUGCGAGUCCAAGCUCGACCUUCAGCCACAGCAUCAAACUCGAUCUGCCAUGAAAACUGAGAGAAGCUGGAAGCGGUGUUUUUUUUUUGUUUUUUUUUUAACUUUUCCGUGUCUCAGGAUGAAUGUAGGCUCCUUAACUUAAACUGGCUGUUUUGUGUUUAGUGUUGUCAGCCUCAAUCUGAUGGCAUCAGUGUAAUGGAUUAAGUGUCUAAUAGCAGCUUCCUUCACUGUUUGGUUACGGUUUUUCCAGUUUUACCCGACAAUUUUAUUCACACAAUAUGUAAAUAUGUUGCACAUAAUAUUAUACAAACGGAAAAACUCUGGUUUAUAGAUCAUUUUUACAUCCUACUUCGCUUUCGUCUGAGUUUUUUCAUUUUUUUGUAAUGCUGUUUCAGUAACGCUGCAUAUAUUGGUUAUUUUUUUAAUUGUCUUUACGCUGCUAAUAGAAACUUUAGUCUUCUUAACAAAAAUGUAAUAGAAGAUCUUGAAUUGUAUUUUCCUGCUCUCCCUGUGGAAACUGUGCACGAUGUGCACGACUCAGUUGGCUGUGCCAAGUUACCACCACACUGACUAUAAUAUGUUAAUGUACAGAGCACCGUUAAAUUUCAUGUAUUCUCUCGAAAACAAACCCUCGUAUUUUCCUGUUAAAUGUAAAGUACUAAAGAAAAUGCAAUACACAA